AGAGUCAGUGCACAACGUCCCUCCACACGCUCUUACAUCGGUAUGUCGUUUCGGACCUCGUUGCAAUGAAGAAAGCCUGCUUCUGGGAUGCGUUUGAGCCUCCAGCAAUGGUGAAGGUCCUCGUUGCUCUUGCUGUGCUGGCUUAUCGCCCCGUGUGGUCGUCAAAGGGCCUGGUGGACAUAUUUGGUUCCAGCGAGUCGAGCUACGCGUAUGACGCGUGUGACGUCAAGUACCUGGCGGGCGGCUCCUACGACAUCAUCAAAUUCAGAAGCGAGUCAGCCGAAACACACUGCAACACACAUCGACAGCAACACAUCUGUCUGUGUCCUUCUGCGUGUGUGCAGCCCCGGCCCCACACAGGGUCUGUCGAUGUGCGGCACGUGGAAUGGUGCUGCAACAGCGACACCGAGAGCUCCUUCAAGCAGGUCCUGCUGCGGGCAGAGAAGAAGUUCCGCCUCCUCUACAAGGACGCCGCCGCCGCCGACAGAGUCAUUAUGCUCAAGGCCAAGUACAACGCACUGAGGGAGCGGCUCUCGGAGAAGGAAUACGACCCGAGAGGUGUGACGAAUUCGAUAAAAGACGCUGCUGUGCACUGUGUGUGUGCCAUUGGUGCGAGUAGGUGCGAAGGAGAUUGACUUGGCCUUUACUGACUUCACUCGGCUGGCGUGGAAGGCCCAGACGGACGUGCAGCGGAUCUUCACAUCCAUCAGCUUCCAAGAGUGCCAGGUAGACGACGAGUGAGACACACCACAUAUCGAUGGACACAUCCAUUUGUGUGCGUGGGGCUGUGACCCACAGGUGGAGGUGCUGCACUAUUAUCACAACUUCAUGUGCACGCUGUGCACGCCCGAGCUCAAGAAGGACUACAUCAAGGACGGCGAGCUCAACGUGCUGGAGACGUCUGCCUGCCAGCCCGUCUACGACAAAUGCGACAAAGCCAUCAACAACAUCCACUUCAGGGUAUGUAGCCUGUAUCCAUGACACACACGUCUCUCUCCCUCUCCCCGCUACUGUGUUAUGUCUCAGAUGCGCCGCGUGGCCGAGGAGUUCGCCUACUUUCGUCGCGCCUCUGAGCGCUUUGUGGCUGAGUACACCCGUGUGAUCCAGAGGAAGGCCGGCGUGACCACCACAGCAGCGCCCGAGACUGCCAACACGACAACGACCACCACCACCUCAUCCACAGAGGUGCCACCGGCCAUGGUGGAAAAGGAUGAAGUCGUCCAGGCUGCGCAGGUGGGCGGUUGAUGUGAUGCGCUCCAUGGGCGAGAGAGACAUCAACUUUGGGAGUGUUUAUGGCCGUCAGGAUCUCACGAACGCUGUCGAUCAGGCGCACUUGGUGAUCCAAUUGACGCAGACACACUCACGAGGAUGUGUGGCUCCAUUUUUCAUUUCCUUUUCUCACAGAGUCUUCUGCAGCUCACCGGCAGCAGCACCCACCGCACGCACACCCACACGCACUCCCACCGGGCUGCUGGAGACGAUGGCAGAAGCGCCGAGGGGCCCCCGCCAUCAGACGAUGACAAUGGCGAGAGCAGCAACGCCACAGACACGGUGCCGGGAGGUGUGUUUGACGACGACCCUGCCGAGAACGAGAAGCUCCUCUUCGACCUCAUUCCCGAGGAGAAGGUGUUUCCCGACUCGAGGAGCUUCUGCGACGCUUUCCUCUCCAGUAAGUCAGUUGACGAGAAGACAGUGUGUGGGAGAAGUCUCAGAGCAUCCGUGUUGCGUUCGUGUGUCAGAUUUGCAUGUGGAGGAUUUUGCGGCGCGGAUGCUGUAUGACAAGCGCAACAUCACUUACCAGAUGCAGGAUGCCACCCAAGAGAACAGCCAGGACUGGAAGGUCCGCCAUACGCAUAAGGCUGCUCAACACACGCCAUAUGCAUUGUGACGCUGCAGGAGUUCGCCCACAUAUUGUCUGCGGAGGCGCACGAGACGAUCGACAACCCGCUGCAGGAGGUCAUCCACACACAGAGAGAGAAGGAGGAGGAGGAGACGCUCUCAUUCGUCCAAAUGACCAGCCAAGUUACGGCCCAUGGCAGUGGCAGUGGCAGUGGCAAGCACCACUCGCACAAGCACCACCACCGUCACCACCACGAUCAUGGGAAGCACCACCGCAGGAAACCCCCUCAAGGUGACGAAAACCACCCAGACAAACACGAGACACGACCAGCACCGUCUUGUGUCUCGCCUCAGCGUUUGUGGAGCACACCAUCGCGAAGACUCGUCAGCUGCCGCAGCUGGAUGAGAGCUUCCCGGUCCUGUUUGACCUUGCGAGGGUGUGCGACGCGGCGCACAUGUCUCACUACCAGCAGCUGUACUUCCAGCUGCAGUUCCUCCCAAACGUGCCGCCAACUGACCCCAACAACCCCAGGAGACGCUUCGCCGUACACACACCCAAAAUCGGUCAGUUGGCAAAGAACAAGGGGAGGUGAGGGGUCUGUCCUGAGCGUUCUGACUGCUUAUACAGAUGAGAGUGGGACUGAGUGCACGAUAGAGCGGAAAGGGCUGCGGCCUGGGGAGCCGAUGUACUGCUUCUUCCCCAUGGACUCGAGCAAACACGGCACUCUGGUCAGCCAAAGAGUGUAGAGAGCGGGCGGGCGAUGUGAUGUGUCUGUUGCUGUGCCGCCCACGUGUGCAGGAGGAGAUAGCCAAGCUAGACGCGUCUCAGAAGGACCUGAAGACGUGUGCCAAGCACUCCCCCACUAAUGAAGACCCGGAGGAGUACAACUGGUGCUGGACCGACCCACCCAUCCCUGAGUGAGCCACGGAGUCUGGGAGGGCGGUGUUUGCAUUCUCACGCGAGACAUACAUCCAUGUCGUGUGUGUGUGUGUGGGGUUCAUGCAGGUCUCAGUGGCUGAAUGGCGUGACCCGUCGGUGGGGCAAGUGCGAGAGCACUGACGUCUGCCUCAACCCAGACACACCAGUCUGGACGUCCAAAGGCAACGAACGCUCCAAACACCCAGAUACAACAUAGAGAGACACACACGCCCUCUCUCCCUGUCUGCCUGCCUGUCUGCCUGCCUGUCAGAUGGGUCGUCCAAGUGUCCGCACCCCAAUGAUGGCCGUCGUAGGCCGCCCGCGACGUACGGCGGCUAUCCAUCAGGCCCAGCGGCUGGACUGCUGGAAGGGGAGAGGGUCCUCAUGGUGAGUGAGAUGAGACAAAGCAUAGAGUGGACGGGCAUGCAGUGGAUGUGUGAGCUGUGGAUGUUUGUUAGGAUGAGCCGCGGAUAGACUAUGAGCCGCUGGGUGCCGGGGAUAUCAGGGCCACGUUCAAGAAAUCAAGUCUGUGUCUGCUUUCAGGCGCGCCUCUCGUCCAUGUGUGCAUGGGUGUGUGUGUGUGUGUGUGCAGGAGUGGCGCUGAAGGAAGCUGACCAUCAGUACCAAGACAGCGACUACAAACGAGACUUAGACGAACUGGUAAUGACAUUUGGUGCACAUGGCACACACCAUCUCAACACCCCCCGUGUGUCUGUCUGUUCAACUUCCACACUCAUACAGGCUGAUAUAAAGGCGCGAAGCCACGGGCACAGACGAGCCACCUUCUUGCCUCUCUGGCUGGCUCUCGUCCUUGUCUGCAUGGUGGCCCUCACAAGACAGUGAUUGGGCACACCGUCUGUUGCUACUGCUGAAUGGAUCGCACUCGCCGAUGAAUCGCACUCACUGUAUGUUAUGCCGUGUGUCUGUUUACUGUGUGUGGUCAUCGUCGAGUAGGACAUUCGUCUUUCUUGUGUCUUGCUUUGUGG